AUCAGUUGGUUUUAGUUGUUGACAACAAACGGCUGACAGCGAACGUGUAGGCGCAAAUGUAACCGACUUGACGCGGGAAAUAGUUGCGUCUUUCGUCAAUAUUAUAAAUAUAUAGAUUUUAAAUAUAAUAAUAGACUCAAAAAUGGGUGCCUGUGUAAGGAUAUUAGGUCUGUUUCUCUUGAUUUCCUCAAUGAAUGCCGUUCCCACGGGAAACUACAAGACUCCGAACAUCGAUGACGACACAGGAGACCUUAAGGCAGAAUCAUCAGAAAUCAUAUCGGAAGCAGUCGCGCCACCUCUACACCUACGAAAACAAGUUGAACCAGAUUCAUUGCCAGCUGCCGACCAAACAGAUCACUCGAUAGAAGUAGUCGGUGACUCACAAACAUUCUUCCCUUCAUUCGCUAAUUUGUUCGAGCCACGUCAACAAAAUAAUUACCGACUGGGAUUCGGCAGCCAAGAAGCAGCUUAUAGUCAACGACCAAAUUCAUACAGAUCGCUUCUAAACUACCCACUGUUUAAUGGAUUUAGAGGCUUGGAAAACUUUGGGAAACAGAGCACUCCUGCCUCGGAGCCUAUAGUAGAUGCCAGCUCCACUGUUCUCGGGUCUGGUAAUUUUGGUAUUAUACGCGGCGGAACCUUCUUCGCACAAAACGAUGAAGACGCUGAUUACAAUGAUAACUUAAGUUCGUAUUACAACAACGGUCACGGUAGGCCAUCUCUUAACGUGGGCUACAUCGCUAACCCGCGACCUAAUUACAACCAAGACCAAUUUGCCAACUUCAGAGAUUUUGCUGACAUUAACUCUCCAUCUGGUUCCGCUUAUUCACACUACGUCGUUGUGUAUGCCAAUAAAAACGCAACAAUGGACGAAAUCAGCGAAGAAACAAGAAACGUUGUUAGCAAACCUAAGAACAUAAUAGAAACUUUAGAGCAACUAGAAACUACGAGUGCUCCAAAAAUAUCAAAAUCAAAAGCUAAAUUGGCAGCGACAAAGCAAAAGACGCUGAAUAAAAAGGCUCAAUGGAAGAAGAGCAAUUCGAAAUAUUUCAGUCCAAAACACGACGCCGAAGAACCGUUACUAGCUUUAAGCUGAAUAUGAAAACAGUGUUAGUGCUAUAAAGACUUUUUUUAUGUUAAAUAGGAUAAUACAAGUGUUUCACACUUCACACAUGUGAUACAAGCUCACUGUCUAAAUUAAUUAAGUUUAAGCUAUGUAUGAGUGAUGCGUGACAAAGAAAAUAUUAUGUUAAUAAAAUGUAUGUAUUGAGUAAAACUGGGUAAUAAAUUAAUGUUUAAAAAUA